CAACACUUCCGCGUGAUACUUGGUGAAGACUUGAGCGCUCUCCAACACCCCCUCCCUCAGGUAACAACUUGUGGACAACCUCAGUGGGAAGUUUUACAUAAAGGUAGCAUACCUUCGUGGAAAAUAUGGCGAAUGAAGAUAUCGAUAAAUUUUGCGAAGAUGUAUUGCUCCAGAAAGAUUACGAGAAGCGUUACAAGGAAUUCUUUACUAGCGUGAAAAUAGCUACAAGAGGGAAAAAUACUAUCAAAGAUAGCUCUUGUUACAAACUUGAAACUUACCAUGACACGUACAGAUAUCGAAAGGCGUUACUGAAGGUGUUCAUUGCCAAAAAGAAGUCGGAAAACUUCAAAUUAACCCAUACAACGAUACCACAGUUUUUUCGCGAGCUUGAAGGUUAUACAUACGCAGAAGAGGCUGCAGAUAAACGCAAGGAAAGUGAAAGCGGACCUUCUCUUGUUAAUGUUUUUGGGAAGGAUGAUUUCAAGGUAGAGGGUGUUGUUAUCCGAAAGACAAACCGGGAAGCAUGGAUUUUGGUGAAUAAAACCUGCAUGUUUAAUGGAAAGGAGUAUGAAAAAGUCGAGCUUCUUCUCGACCUUGAAACGUUUGGCGCAGAUGAUGUCAGCAGAGCAUUUCUUAAAGUGGGUGACAUUCUUGAGAUUGCAAAAGGUCCCAAAGAAACCGAAAUAGCUCUGGAGCCAGAAAUUAUUUGGUAGGUUGAGUACAUACGUUUUAAAAAAACUGUAUUUGAGCAGAUAACAUGAUCAGGAACGACAUCGCUUAACAUAUUAAUGAUAGAAAUGAAAAAGAAUUAUCCAUCAAUAGAAGCCUCUUAUCUAUUGCAAAUAAAAGACUUCCUUUGAUGGACAAUUCAAACCCUUUCUCCCUUAAAAUAAGUUUGCAUAUUCUCUAAACUGUUCUCUAUAUAUUUCUUAAGGUGCUGACAAGGAGAAUUUGGUAACAAUCAAUAGCUUUGUUAGUUGGUGAUCAUUUACUUUAUUCUCAUGACCUCAAUGUUUGAUUCAGGGGUGAUACUGUGAGGAGAAAUUAGAUGCUAUUCUGACCCUUGGGGUUUAAGUUGGGCAGUGACAUGGGUUAGUACCAUGAUACAUUAUACACCCUUAAUUUCCAUAAGUUAUCAUCACCCAACUUCUCACAACAUGACCAGAUUGUUCAAAAGACAGGCAUUGGUUAAAUGAAGAACUGUUUCACCUUAAGUAUAUUUAAUUGACUUUAGAUGGUCAGCUGAAUAAAUGGUACCUAAAGGGUUGAUUUUUAUGCUUUCACUUUUCAGCUGUUACAAAUUAUCUGAGAAAGAGAUUGAAGCAUUUCUCAACCAUGUGCAUAGGGUAAAAAGUGAUGGGUCAUCUGCUGCUACAGCUGAGCUGCUAAGGUAAAUAAUGUCAAUAAAUAACCUGAUUCGGAGAGGGCAGUUACUGGUAAAUGAAUUGUUUAUUUACUCAAUACAAAGACUUUUGCAUGGCAAAAAACUAUCAGUUACAAGUUGACAACUACAAAACACCAAUUAUCCAUGUGCUUGCUCUCUUUUUUCAAUCACAUCCUAUAACAAGUCACAACAACUGCAGUAUCCUGCAAGCAGCAGAGUGCCUCUUAUUUUAAGACAUAAAUUGGUUCAAUUGUCUUUCUAGUUCCCAGCUUAUUGGCCAAAUUUGAGUUACUUACUCAAAUCCAGUUUUACCAGGUAAUAGUCCAUUUUACAGUGCUUGGUUGCCAAGCCUUUGAACAGGAAUGAGGCUAAGGGCCACCUUGUUAUGAUACAAACCUGUUACUGCUUUUCAAAUGCAAAUUAAUUUGUUAUCAUGCUAACUAGAUGCUGGUCUCUAUCACAACAAGAUCACCUUCAGCCUCACUCCAAAUCAAAGGCUUGGCAACUAAGUACACAACUAUAAAAUGGGCUAUUAAACAUAUAGAACAUAAAAAUCCUUUUUUUGUAAAUAAAAUACUUUAGACCACACAAUUAUAAUAAUCUUAGUUUGUUCAAAUUGAAUUGCUUAAUCUUCCAUUUAACUAACUGAAUGUUUGUUGAAAUCAUGAAAUUAUAUAAAAUAGGGCACAUAUAUAUCAGUUGACGAUUCAUUCCUUUAGUCUUUAACUGUAUGUACUGAAACACUAAGAGUGAAUUUUUAUAUGUUAAUGGGGAAAGUGAUGUUCAGAUGACAUGGUAUUUUAUUGCAAGUAACUUUUAUGCACAAUAUGUAACAACUAUUAAACUGAGCUUUAAGCAGCCAGGUAAAUAUCCACCACUGGCCACUGACUCUGAUGACAUGCGAAGGUGAUCCGUUGUUUUAUUAUAUACUAAAGCAGUAAGAUAGUAUGGCAGAAAAAGAUGAUUUAAACUAUAUGUUUAUGGAUGCAUUAGUCCCACUUGCACUGAUGCUCAGAAGUGAAAGGCUAUUAAAGAAUAUUCAGAGUUUGAGUAACCAAUGAGAAUGUGUCUCCAGCACUAUAUCCAGGGUUUUAUUAAUUACUAAAAUGAUGUUAUUUACUGAAAAUUUACUGACCCUUAUAGCCUCACACUUGUUUGCCCUAACUUGAAGUUUUAGUAAAUUUUUCUUGUUAUUUGUUUGUUUGUUUUUCUUACAGUUGGGUGUUCUACUGAUUUCAGGGAAAUUGACUUAAUUUACUAUUAAAAUUCACCAUUUCCCACCUGGAAAGGGAAUUAACUGGAGCUGAAACUGGUUAUAUUCCCAGUUAUUUACCACCUAUUAAUUCUAUCACAUUUUUGAAACAGAGUUUUCACAGUUCAAGGCUCUCUAGCUGUGAUCUGAUUUUUUUUAUUACCACUCAAAUUGUAAGGGCAAAAUUCUUUGUCUUCACAACUCCAAUAUAUUUCUAUGAAUAUUGAAACCUUUAAAACUGAUCAGAAGGUCCUAGGUAAUAUAACAAGUGGCUUGUAUUACCCUUGCGAACUGAAUUCCCAGUUUUCUGGGAAUUUGAAGGAAUUCUCAAGAAUUCCCAACUGCGCAAAUAUAGGAAAAUUUUUGUUUCUUUUCUUUGUUUUUCUUGUUUUGCUUCUUGACUGAUCUAAUAGUUUUGUUGUGUUGCUUUAAUAUAAUAAUGCACUUACAUUCUUAACAGGUGUCAUGCUUUUUGGGAAUACAUCCUUCAACAUCCUUGGGAAGAUUAUAGCAACGCAACCAAGAAAAAUUUUGCCCACAAUGUCUUACUUAUUAUUGAUAAGUUAUGCUCCAGUACUCAGAGAGGAAUGCUACCAACUGUUCAAGGAAUUGUUCAAGAAUUUUCAAAGAGUGCCUUCUUCAAAUUGGUCCUUCCUGAAAUAGUUGAGAAUUUAGCCAAAGAAAAUUGUAUCAGGUAAUAUUGGUGGCAUUGAAAAAAGUGAACAUGCAAAGAUUUAAAAAAUUUUUUCACCUACUAGUAGAUUACAAAAUCAAUGUGUAUGAAUUAUGACACAGGCUAGCUAAGGGUAUAAAAAAUACAAAGAACAAACUGAAGCUUAAUUCAUGGUUUUCCUCUUCAAUUAAAUACAAAUGCUAGUAGAUUGUGGUGUGCAUGAUUAUAUAUUAGUCUGAAUUUCAUACCCUGGCAUUACUUGCCCAUGUUUUUUUUACCCUUAAUGUUUGGGUUUUAAUACCAAAUCUCUACUCUGUGAUCUGUUUCAUUCAACACUUUGCUUUCAAUUCUGACCUAAACAUUUUAAAAUGAAUUGCCAGACAGCAAAAGGCAAAGUAAGGGAUGCCUUUGCAGAAAAUGGUUUGUGAGAAGUCUUGGAUGAUUGCAUAUAAGCUCAAAAACCUGCUUCCUUGAUCAAUCAAUCUUGUUUAUUAGGAUCCUAGCCAAGGUAUCCCUGUAUGUGUACUCAAUUGAGCCAAACAUAUUUUAGGCAGCAUAUGAUGACAAUUAAUUUAUUACCAACCAGCUGAAAGUGUAAGGGAGGUGUUAUUUUGUUCUUGUCAUCUGUUAAGUUUUCAAAUUGUCAAAACAGAAAGACAUAGUGAUUUUGCUAUUUGAAUCAUCAGUGGAUCCUUCAAAGUGGUGCAGAAUGUUCUAGAACAUGUCCUAAAUGUUUCACCUUCCUCUGGUCGAAGAGUUCUACCCAUGGCAAAAGUUCUUGCUGAAAGCUUAGUGAACAGCUCUUGUGGGAAAUCUGCUGUAGACUUCCUGGAAAAGUUGUCACUGAUGGUUGCCAUUGCAGUGCCAGGGGUCCAUGCAGAUCUUGAGGCUUUUUCAUGGAGAGAUCUUCCCUUGCUGCUACUGAGUGAAGAAAUCCAUAAAGAUUCAACAAGUCAGUGCAUAUCAAUUAAUGAUUUAAAUAAACAUAUAUUUUUGGUUAAACUAAACCUGCUAACCGUUUUGCUAGGCUUGAGCAGCCGCUACUCAAACUUAAGUAAUUGUGUAGUGCAAGCAAAUGUGAGUCAAACAGAUGCUACUUUCUGUGGUUUACUAGCUAGGUAAUUUUUUUCUCAUUUUAUUACUGAUGGACAAGUUAUACAAACAAGAAAUCCAGAUUUGUUAACCAGCAAUGAAAAUUGUGUUAAUAUCCUUUAGUAUAUUGCCAUUAGACUUCUGAUGGUAGGUGCAUUUAAUUAUCAAUUAUAAAAUGAGCUUAAGUUUUCAUGAUUCAUCUAUUGAUUGAAGAAACUAGAACAACUGACUUACCAGUGAUCAAGAAAGAAGGCAAGUACCACUCAGAAAAAGAAUACUUGAACACUUACUUCAGACUUCUAAGAGAGGAGUGUUUUCACAAGUUGAAGAAUGGAGUUUCACACUUUUUAAGCAAAGGAAAGUGUGAUUCAAAAGAAGCGAUGAUGUAUAGGUGGGAACAAGUUUUUUGAUUUACUUUCAAUUUAUGGCUAGCAUGUGUUAGGUACAUGAAGAAUAGUUUGGCCUCAUUCUACAUAAUCCUAUGGGUAGCUACUUCAUUACUUGUGAUUUAACAUGAAGAUUUAGAAAUCAGUGGACUGUGUUUUUGCCCAAAGAUUAGAAGUUUGAAUUGACCAUCAGUUCCACUGCUUCUACUUCAUCCUCAUCCUCCUCUUCAUCCUCAUCCUCAUCUUCCUUCUCCUCAUUAUUCUCGUCCUCAUCCUCCUUCUCCUCCUCAUCCUCCUUUUCUUCCACCUCAUCCUCACCCUCCACCUCAUAUGCUAUGCCUCAUCCUCAUUCUUUUCCUUAUCCUCCUCCUCCUCAUACUCCUCUUCCUCUUCAUUCUCAUCCUCAUCCUUAGCCUGGCAUCCCCCCUCCAUCCUCCUCCUCCUCUACCUCAUCUUACUCCUCAUCCUUAUCUUCCUCCUCUUCCUUAUCCUCAUCUUCAUCCUCAUCCUUGCCCUCACCCACACCCUCCUCUUCCUCAUAUGCUCUGCCUCACCCUCAUCCUCCUCCUCAUAUCUUCAUCUUCCAUCUCCAACACAAUUAUGUUGUAGAUUUGAUGUAACAUUAAGUCUCUUAGAUAUUGCAGAUGUUAUAUAUUGCUAGUAAAGUGUUGAUAGUGAUUGCAAUUACAUCUAGGAUUACUCUGAAAGGACUACACACUCAUAAACGAGAAAACUCUCUAACCACUAUGUCGAUUGGAUUGCAAUUUACUGUUAACUCAGAGGAAAGGAUUGACUGGGGGUGAGCGCUUUGUUAAGUUUGAGGUCUUUGGAUGUAUAAUGUCAUCAACAGCUAGAAGGCAAGGAGACCGAGGAAGCCACCGGGCUUAUGGGAGAGCCACCUCACCUUACAAUAAUGAAUCAAGUAAAAAAAAAAAUGCUGCGAGUGUGUGGCUUGGCCAAUUCAGUGAUUAUUUAAGUAAAAACUCUUGCAUUUUUGUCUUAAAGUUAAGGUUUGGCAAAAUGAGUGACUGAUGUCAGUCCUAUAGGAGAUGAUGAUAUAAUGCUUACGAUACUAGACCAGACAAGAAAGUCAACUAAUGAUUAUAGUUAAUAAACAAAUAUUAGGUUAGGUAUUGAUCUUUGAUUGUUGUCAAACACAUUGAUUCAAACUUUAUCACUACAACAUGGCUGGCUGAAAUAUUUUAAUUUGAAUGUAUGUAGAAAAUGUGUAUGUUUACAUCUGCGGUAUGUUAUCUGGACAGAUCUGCAAGUUGGCUUGUGUAUGGAAAUCUACUGUGCAUUUCUUGUGAUGGCUCAUUUGAACAGCCUGUUUGGGCUGUAGUGGAAAAGGUAGACCAUGAACAAAGGUUGGUUACUUUUUUUAAUCUACUUCCAGCACAGACAGCCCAAGAAUGAAAUUCCUUUACUCACCUGUUGUGUCAUUUCAGUGAUUUGUGACUCUUGCGUGUAAUUCAUAGAGGUAGUAACUAAAAGUAGUCACUCCACUUAAAUAUAAAUGGCAUGUUAGGAAGCUGCUAGGUCGAAAUUGCUUUGGUGAGAUUAAUCUAAUUGAAACAUUUUUCUCAGUAAAUAUGAAUGAAUUUAGGAUUCUACUUCAUAGGGUCAUGGCCAAUGGAGGGCUGUUUGACUGGAAAAAAGGUUUUUGUUGGAAAAUUGGAGUUACUAAAAUGUAAAUUUUCUUAAAGCUUUGCUGGCAGUAAAGAAGAAAACAAUCCCUGCAUUUUUCUCUUGUGGCUACUGAUUAACCCUAGCUCUCUAAAUAUGCUUCAACCAUAGAGUGAUAUGGGUGGCACUUUGUGGUGAUAAAACAAACAACAUAUCAGAGGCAGAAUUUGUAAUCAAACUACAAGGGAUAACAGAUGAUGGUAGGUAAAUUAAAGAUAAGAGGGAAUUGAUGCUUUUGAUUGAGGUUUUUAAAGAAGCUCAUUUUUGUUGUUAACUGACAGCACUUAAUUAUUUGAAAGUUAAAUGAGCUACUCAAGAAUGUAGUCUUGUCAACUGACUUAAAGCUGUAAACAACUGAUCUUUGAAAAAUUCAAUGUUGUUACUCAAUUGACUGAACUAGUCAGUUGCACGAGACAUGCUAACAAUAAAUUGUAGGGGAGGGGAGGGGAGGGGGUUUAGCUUGAAAUAGGUAAUUUAUAGCAACCUUUUUGACUGAUAGCCAUUUUGUUAUAUUCAGAUCUGUACUAAUGUAAGGAUUAAUUUUACUUGAAAACUAAGAGAUCAAUAAUACAUACACUAAUGACAUUUUAAAUAAAAAUUUGUUGCAAGGUAGCAUCAGGAGAGGUUAAAUAUGCCCUGUUUCACGUUCGACAGAACUACCCACUGAAGGGAAAAUAGCAUUUCUUUUUCUCAUUAUAAGCAUGUGGGCUAAUUUUUGCAUGCCUGCAGUUAUGAGUAAUGUAGUGCCCAGUUCAGGAUUAACCUGGCAGUAUAGUGACAGAAUCACCUAAUUUUCGGUUGACAUUGUUUAUUUUAGUUGAACUCUGAUAAUUCUGGAUACAGCACAUGACGGCAGAGUUUUUCAACCUUUCUGCAGUCAAAUUACUCACCAUUCAGUCGCAUGUUAAAUGUUGUAGUAGCCCCAGACUGUUAUUACAUAAGUUAUAUCGACCUUGAGUGGUAUGACUGCGUUAUAAUGCGGUGCUGAUGAAAUACCUGGACGUAUAUAACACGAUUGUAACACUUUCCUUUUUCUUUUUUGGAUAACCUUUAAUAGGGAAAGAAGCUCACAUGGCUGAAAGCCAGACAUUUUACCUGUCUUUUGGUCCGGCUAUGGAUAUUUUGCAACACAAAGGUUGAUCAUCGUAGAUCUGUCUUAUCACAGUUAUCAAUCACCACUGGCAAAUUAGCUCAGUCUCAACACACAGGUUGAUCAUCGUAGAUUCGUCUUAUCACAACUAUCAAUCACCACUGGUCUAUUAGCUCAGUCUUAUGAUAUCCUUUAGUCAUCCAAUAAUGUCCUAUGUGAUUGAGGAUAUUAGUGUUCAUGCAUCCUACGUAAAGUGUUAACUGGAAAAUUUCUCAUAACCAUUAUUAUAUUAGUUAAUGUUCUUUAUCGACUGCAAAACGUUGACCUGAAAAUAAUCUGAACUGUUUUUGACAAUAAUUGCCCCGUUCUGAGAUACAUACAUACAUACAUACAUACAUACAUACAUACAUACAUGCAUAUAUGUUUGAAAAAAACUUUUAGUUUGCAAACUGUAAGGCAGUAAUUUUCAAGUUGUCCAUUUCCUACAUGCUGGUGACUCUUUUUAAGUGCGAAUUUUGUAGAAUUCUUUUAAAAAAAAGUUGUUAGAUUCUUAAAAGAUGCAAGACAGUGAUGUAUUUGCUUUUGUCAACAGCUACGUGUAUGAUUAAUUUUUGACUGAUAUUUUCUAGAUUCUGUUCCGUUCAAGGAUUUCUUAGUACAUCCAGAGGCCAAUCACAUGUGUCAAGCUGAGUACGUUCGUAAAAUAGAAGCUCCUCCUGACUGGGGAAUCAUAUUUGAGUCUCCACCAAAGUCACAUGACCAAGAUGAGUCUUCAGUGUACUCUCUUGUGGAAGACUUUGAAAGAAUAAAAUUAUCAAAUAUCAAGGCAAAACUAGAUGACACACAACUCGAUGCAAUUGACCUUGCACUUAAGAACAAAGUGGCCUUAAUUCAGGUAUGAUUGCGUAGUACUUGUUGAUAUUUUUGGGUUGUCUAUAAAAUCUUAAGGGUUUUGGAGGAUUACGGAUUACUUAUGAGAGAAAAUGUUUCAAUAACGACCAAGAAAGAAAAGCUGUCAGCCUACGUUUUGCAGAUCCCAUGCUUAUAUUUCUAAGAAAAUCUGAGAGGUGUGGAAAACAUUCGAAAACUCAACAUAGGUCAGUUAUGCCCUCAGCCCCGUGAUCAGGUCGUGCCUACAAAGACGUUUAAUGGUAUUACUACUGACAACCACGAUCAAAUUUCCAACAUUUGACUGCAUUGUGCAUAAUGCUUUGAGCAGUUUGAUUGAGAGCUCAUAGUGAUUUCCUACCAGCACUAAUUUUGUAAUUUUUUAAUUAAAAUGGCCUACAUGUGAUACAUAUAUAGUUUAUUGGCUUGUCCUCACGGGGCUGUUCAGAGUCAAUAUGAAUCCUAAAAUUUUUAUCUUUCAUGCAGGGACCUCCAGGAACUGGGAAAUCUUUUGUUGGUGUGUCUCUUGUUCAUUUGUUAUUGUCAAUGGAUGUACCGAAGACAUUUGGACCCAUUUUUGUAAGUAUUUAAUGUAUAUUGAGAAUGCAUUACUCCAUAAUCUCUUUGUUCAGCCCCCUCUUGAUUUUUAACCGUUCCCCACUUAUGAAUGGACUAAAGUUAUCAUAUGCCCCUCUCUCUGUCGAGUCCGCCCUUAUGGUUGACAAUAUUUGAUCUGAUGCGCCAUAUACAAUGCACUAAACGUGAAAACAAGGCGUUUUGCAUGAGUUUGUAGUUUGUUACCAAACGAAAGGUGAUUGAUAUGUACUACGACCAUUUGGUAUUUGUCAACAAACCAAUAACAGGGGCACGUAAAGGAAAUGGUGGAAAUUUCACAUAAUGCCAAAUCUUUAGCAAAAAUUCAAAAAGGCGUGACUCAGAAACAUUUAUUUCCGGAAAUUGUCUUCAGUUGUGUAGAGGCUUUAAUGUUGCAGAUAACAUUAAUUGUUAUGAAAAUGCUCACAACUUGAGGUAAGAGCUAAAAAUAGUGUGACAUGCACAUCGCAUGAAAUGUUCAAAAAAGGUUUGUUAGCCUGUGCUGACGCCGCCGCAAAAACGAUCAGCGAGGGUUCGAGUUGAAAGACCACCUGUUCCAAACUUGUCAUGUUUGCCACUUGAUUGAUUUGUAAAGGUUAUAAGCGUACUGAUUUUUUUUUUCCUUUCUUACCCUGUUAUUCUUACUUGACUAUUCAAAGGUUGUCACUUACAAGAAUGACGCUGUAGACCAUUUCUUGGAAGGGUGUCUAGAUUUAUCGUCUAAGCCCAGAAUUGUCCGUGUUGGAAAGUCAUCAAGAUCAGAAAAGUUGGAGGACUGUCUCUUGUUUAACGUAAGAUUUGUUGGAUCUACCUGGGCUUGGCUGUUUGAAACCUGAUUGACACUAAUCCUGGGUUACAUAUACAUAAAAAUAAUUCAUUUUCAUGAUGUUUAAAUCAAGAUUAGUGCUAAAUGUCCUUUCAACAACUCGGUCAAGGGUCCGUAGUAGUGCUGCUGCACGUUACUGCUGAUAAAAUUUUGUUGGCAUUUGUUGGAACCAUCACCGAUCAGAUGACACUAUAGAUUAAAAAUGAACUUUUGAAACAUUUUGCUUAACAUAGCCUUUUCUUUCAAUUACUGGAUUUUGUCUAUUUUACUUGCCUUACUUUAGAAUUUUCACGAUAUUUUUCUAGUAAGCAGUUUACGUGAAGUUGAAAUUUAAUGCAAGCUCAUUGCCACCAGCUAGCAAGCAGUCCCUCUUUAAAAGCGUUGCGGCACGAGCGUUUUUUCGCCCAUGUGGAGGUAUGGGUCCUCAAGCGAGACCUCUCGCGAGCCGGCGAGAGGUCCGCAAAAGCUUUGGCACUACUACUCGUUAUUUGUACCAGACCCCUUAUAGACCUCUCGCCGGCUCUCUUUGCUCAGGGUCUGAAACCUACUCGCGGGCAAAGGAGCGGUCAUCCAGUAAUAAGCUUGCGCAUUUUUGCAUAGGUGUGUAAUGAACUUUUAAUGAUAUUUGAUUUGACAAUUUUCCUUCUAAAUAACGCUUGUGUGAUCUCUAUUCAUAUAGGUAAAGUCAAAGUCUGUGUGGCCUGAAGUUCUCAAAACGCAAAAAGAAAAACUCAGAAGUCAACUGCGAAAUAUGCAACGUCACGUGAAAGAGGCAUACUCGAAGCUUCAGGGUUCCUGUGUUUUUAAUGCUGAUAUGUUCAUCCAGGUGUGGAUCUAUGUUUUAAAGUACCCCUCAAGGUGUUAAUUUGCGAUUCAAUUAUUCCAAGUGACAAAGGGUUAUUAUAAACCUUAUGCAUGUUCAUGUGAAACUCGAUGGAAGACGGUUGGUUGAUGGUACAUUUGCCCGUCACCUUAUUACUCCAUCAGGAAGGCAAUGGGGCUUUGAUUUCAUACCAGUGACGUACAAUUCUCCCCAACUUUAAGUUCUGAUUAUGUGAAGGGUGGGUAAUGUUACUAUGUGAUUAGAUAAUUAUUUGACGGAUAGUAUAGUUUGUUUUCGAACACUUAUGCACUCUAGAAAUUAGUUUUCCCGUUGGAUAGCGUUAUCCUACCCUCAAGCUUAGACUGUGCUGUGUGGCUCUAUGGAAUAGCUGCAAAAAAAGUGCCUACGUUCACCCUAAAAAUUUUUCUUUAAAGACAGCAACUGAAAAACAGGUCAGGGAGCUCCUGAUAGAAUUAAUUGACCAAGCGGAGGUGGAUAAGCUACUCAAAGAGAGUAACAUGGAUGGGUCAUAUAAAUCUCACUUGAAAGGUGCAGGAAUAUUUCAUUUGUUAAACCUUUCUUUCUUUUCCCGACUUAGAUUCCGAGAUGCUGUAUGUUUUUCCUCAAAGAAUAUUUUAAUAUGAGAAAAACUUGAACUUUUUGUAGGGAAAAUAUCCAGCGAUUUAUGAAAGAUCGAUGUCUGCCAAAGGACUGAAAUAUUUUCAAUAAUGAUUUAAGUAUAUAGUGCGAAACGCAGUUGAAGUGUUGUUCUUUAAAUUUGAAUUUUUUACUUGGUUAGCACUAAAAUAGUUCAAAAUGAGUCGAGACGAGUAUUUAAUGUUUUGUUCCAACAUGUUCCUUUGGUGACAUUAUUACCUUGCUUAUCUGACUAACUCCCUUGCUUUGAAGAAAAUCUCUCUUUGUGUUGGACGUUACAGGCUGUGUAAGAAACGCACUAGGGAAGUGGCUUCCUGGACAAGUAGAAUUUGAUCGGUUUGCCAUGGAGAACGGAUUUCCAGGAACGAGUAGCAAGCCGUCACAUUCAGUUACUGACGCAAAGUCAGAGCGCACAAGGUACUUUUGAUGCUUUCAUAUAUUAUUAUUAGACAGAAAAAGGGGAAACAGGGCAAAUUUGUGGCGAUACAAGUUGAGUGAAAAUCGAUGAACGCCCGUUGGCUUACCUGAAACGAAACAAAACUUUUCUACGUUUUGCAAUGAUUGCAGCUUUGCUCUUUGGUACUGCAAACACGGAGUAAGGUCGUAACUGCACAAGCGCAGCGUGGCGCAUUUCUCUCUGAAGGCAUUUACCGGAAGAAACCGGGUGUCAUUCUAAUUAACUGAGAAAAGAAUUUACAUCAGCGAGAUUCUCGCGAAUUUUCGCACCUCGUAAACGGUUGGGGCUUGCGAUAGAUUUUCAGGGUGACUUGAGAGUCCGAAAUGGCCAUCAGAAUUUUGAGGCAAGACGCCGACAGGUGAUUCACCUGGCUUUUUAUCAAUAGUCCAUUUUACAGUUGCGUGCUUGGUUGCCAAGCCUUUUACAACAAGGUCACCUUCAGCCUCACUUCAAAUCAGAGGCUUGGCAACUAAGCACACAACUGUAAAAUAGCCUAUUGUCUAAGCUCGCGCUCGAGAAGUCAAUUUCGUCUUAAUUCAAGGAAUUCCGUACAAUAAAAUACAGGCAUUAUAAUCAGUCUAAUCAUCUUAGCGGCCUCCAUGUUUUUAGCAGUGUCAUAUGACAACCGUACCGUGAACACAUUAUACAAACGUUUGCUUGCCUGACGAUCUCUUCGGCACGCACUCGACAAGUCUUCGAAAUUGUUUAGGAAUAAGCUUGGGAAGAAAGUUCAAUUUUAAAAUUUGAAUAUUUAGUGAGUGAAGAAACAUCACGUCACGUGUUUCUAUUUCGCUGUGAAACAAAAAUCUUAAAAGUUGAACUGUUUACCAACGGAACAUUUCCAUCUGGCGCAUGAAAAACAAUGUGCUCAUACUUUACCCCAGAUCUCUGUAUCAAAUCUUCUAUUGUAUAAGGUGUCUUACAAUGUAAAUAUACCACCUUAGUUACCACAUUCGCCUCUUAAAUGUCCACAGUUAAUCGUAAAGUAGGCUAUGCUGGAUCGUGGAUCAAAUCUGACCAUAUAAACGUUUUGAAAUUUUAACCUAAGACGCCUUACAUACUUUAUUUUGAGUGAUUGUACACUUAAUUCGUAGUAGAAAGAGUGGUUUAUUGACGUUUCUCCCCACUGCAAGUUCGCCCCCUGCCAGUUCACCCCAUCAAAUAUAGCAUGUUCGCCCUACGUUCACUAUUUUGCCCAAAGAUCUUCAACUCGUCUCCUUACGGCAAAACAUAUGGCCAUUGUGAUUUCUGUGGCAUUAUACUAGCUGUUGGUAACUGUUGCUUGUUUUGUCAGUGACAAGUUAAUAGCUGCAAAACCUGGUUGUUGAAAUAAGUCCUAGGCUAGAUCUGAGAUCUUAUUUGUUUAGUGAAAAUAUUGAUCUCCACUCUGCUACAUGCAGAACUAAAAAGCGAAAACUGGAUCAAGAACAGGAAAACCCCGAUGACUUCCGAGAGCCUUCUGUAGAGGAAGAUGAGCGGAUUUCCUCAGCCUUAGAGUACGAGUUUCCUGACGAUACGCAAGAUAUUUCUGACACCAGCACACAUGACACAUUUGGAGAACGAAAACUUAUUCCCAUGGAUGAGAGAAGUGAGUUUUUUUGGUUUUAAGUUCUACUUUUUAAAUUUGAUAAAUACAAAUACCAGUUUAAAAAAAUUGCAAUUUGCAAAAAAAAGUAUGAAGUAUAUACAGCUUCUGUUUUCUCAUCAGUGUCUCUUUUUGAUGACGAAGCUAAGUGCGAAGCCUUCGACAUGAAAAUAAUCUUUCACUAUCAUGCCAGCAAAACUCGUUUUCUUUAGAAAGUUGGGCAUUUAGCUUCGUUUUGAACGUGAGGGUUCUCUGGAACUCGGAAAUUUCCUAUUAGAUAUUUACUGGCGUCUUAUAGAUGUAACCUAACCUUUAUAGCAUCCUCAAAACAUUAACCUUUGUCUAACAUCUGGUGCAAUCAUUUCCAUACAUGGAGAGACUUUAGUAUAUGAUUUGGUGAGCAAGAUUGAUUUAACCAAUGAGAACGUUUGAAAUACAAUAUCCCAGGCUGAGAAUUAAAUAGUUGGUAAUUGAGAAACCACUAUAAUGGUCAUAAACCAGAUCAGAACAUCCCAUUUUCUACCGAGAUACGGAUUUUGUACAUGGCGUGGAUGUAAAAUGGCAUUUUUUCCAUACUAGAAUGUUAUGUUUAAAACCAUUGUUAUUAUCGUAAAUGUGAUCUUUUGCCAGAAGUUGACCACUUCAUAAGAUGCUCAGAUGAAACAAAUAUCUGGGUUCUCAAUCAGCAUGCAAGGAUUCAGCUAGUGUAUGCUCUUCAAAGCUUGUAUGCUGAGAAGGCCCGUAUGGAGUUUCUUGAUGUGAGCAGGGAGGCCCAGGAGGUAAAACACAAGCUUCGAUUGUGACAGUAAUAACGUCAACUAGAAAAACGUUGUUGAAUAUCUUUUACUUAAUGUUUUGUUCUUCCCUUAGCCACAAAAGAUGUAGUUUCAAAAACAUCUUUUCACAGUGAUCAUGAUAGUCUCCCUUAAACGAAAAAAAAAUGCGCAGAUUUGAAAUAUCCUCUUCUAUUUAGUUGGUCAUCUAUCAGUAUAUAAACAAAAUGCGUUGUAAGUAGUACAUUAUGUUGUAAAAAGAGCCAAAUUGAUGAAAAAACGGUGUGUAACCCCAUCUUUUCACGUGAAAUUGGUCCGGCUAUCAGCGAAUUCGUUCUCAUAACAACAAGUUCUUCUUUGUACCCUGAACACCGAAUAUGUAUUUUGCACAAUGACCCAUUUGUCUCGAAUAUUUAUUUUCGUUUCAGGGUCCCCUUUAGUGAAGAGCGAACUCAUUAUUUUGAAAUUUUCUUACCGCUCAUGUUGCUAGGUUUUUUAUGAUUUCAUUUAUGCACUUAUACUUGGUGAGGUAGGGAGUGUCUUUCAAGGACAAUUGACUUGGCUGUGCGCCUUUCCUUUUUCUCUAAAUUUUACUGUUGAACUUAUCCACAGAAACAUCACCAGUAUACAGCGUUGAGAAAUAAACAUGAGAUCGAUGUGAUGAGGCAAUGUGAAAUUAUUGGUAUGACGGUGACUGGUGCAGCCAUGAGAGCCAAUCUGCUGGGUAAACUAACAACACGUUGUAUUUGUUGUUGCUGUUGUUGUUGAUGUUAUUGAUGUGAAUAUGUUGGUGGUAGUGUUGGUGCAAGUUCAUUUCAUCUCCUAAUCAACUUCAGACUGUAUGUUUAGUUUUCCAAUUUUAGGAUACUUCACAUAUAGCAUAGACUUUGUGAUAGUGUAGUGUGAUCGUCCGGGUUAGUGUAAUCUUAAGAAGGACUUUUGUCGGUAGUGGUGACUGACGUUUCGACAACCUGAGUAGAAGUCAUCAUUAGAAUCAAGAGAAUCAUUAGUUGUUGUCAGUCAAUUGAUCUAAGUCCGGUUCGUAUAAACUGAUUAAUUCAGUUUUGCCGUGAUGUUAUCCGCCGUAAGACUCAAGUGGCGUAGGUCGGUUGCGAUCGGUCGGUUUCGAUCGGUCGGUUUCGAUCUUUCAGUAAAGUCAGGUCGUUCUGUUCGGUUCGUCUGUAAUGUUAAUAUCAUGCAUGAGUCGUUUGUAUGGUGCCGGUAGAGGUUGACACCUUUUGAGGGAAAUUUGUUCUAUGUUUGCAAACCAGCUUUCCAGAGUCAGUCGUUGGAAGUAGUUGGUGCUGUCAAUUAGGCAUUGCGCAGAGUCCCAGUCAAUAGUGUGUUUCGUAAGUCGAUGAUGUUCAGCAAUGUGAUUGUUGAAAUCACCUUUCCUCGUCGCUAGCUUGUGUUUAGUCAGUCUUGUUGUGAGUUUUUGUCAGUCUCGCCGAUGUAGGAGGCGUGGCAGUCGGAGCGAUUGAUUUUAUAAACCGCUCCCUGUCUGGUCCUCGGUUCGUCCUUGUCCUUGACGUUUGUCAGUAACUGACGUAGUAAAGUGACGGGUUUGUGGACGACGUGGAUAUUGAAGGGUUGUAGGAUGCGCCAGAUGUUCUCAGACAUGCAAUAUCAGACAUGUCAUCACGAUGUAGUCCUUGGAAACAUACUAAAAUUGUUUAAGUUUGUCAACUAGCUCUUUUAAAUUACCCACUGUCCAAACAUUGAUUUUUUUUAAAAACUGGCGGGGAAUUCGGUAACUUCGCGAAUGUUAUUUCAGUCACAUAUCAUGCUAUCACUUCGACUGAUUCGUGAGAAUUUUUUUGAGAUGUGAAACCGAGAGCACCGACAUAGUGUGAAGUUGGGCUCAUUUUGCACUGACUUUUUAUUAUCGGGAUUAAAAUUAUGGUUAAAAUGGAGUUUCCGUUCGCUACGUAUGGUUCUGAAUGAUCGUAAUGCCUUUCCACUCACAGUUCAUUUGCUGUUGUUUAAUAUACUUUCAGAGGAAAUAAAGCCAUCAGUUAUGAUAGUAGAAGAAGCUGCCGAAAUCUUAGAAGGACAACUUGUGGCAGCUAUCCCGCCAUCCGUUCAACACCUUAUCAUGAUUGGUGAUCAUCAGCAGCUGAAACCUGUGGUACAAAACCCCAGACUCCGAAAGACUAAUAACCUUGAUGUCUCCAUGUUCGAGAGACUUGUGAACUGCAAGAUUCCUUUCAAGCAGCUUGAGUAUCAAUGCCGAAUGAGAGACGACAUUGUUGAUUUGCUCCGAACGCUAAAAAUCUAUAAGGAGCUUAAAACAAAGACGGAGGUAAAUGCUAGAAAGUAUGGACCUAAGUGGACAAUGGCUUUCGCACAAAGUUUAUCUAAGGGAAGGUUUAUUGGAGGACACCCUUUGCCAGUUUGCCCUGCUGAGGUGGAGGAUCGGCGCUCUAAGGGGUUAAAAACUGCUAGGGUCGCAAUGUGCUAUGUAAACGUCUCAAGGAGGGUAACCCGCCUAACCAGGGUCGCGUUCAUGUUACAAGCGCGUCAAAAACCUCACCCCGGAAAAAAUUGUUCGUAAACGCAAGCUAUUUUUCGAGCACGGCUAGGCAGGUUACCUCACCUACCUAGAGUACCCCACCUUCAUGCAAACAAGCCCUUAAAGGGGAAGGGGUUAAAAACAUAAAUUCUUUGUGUUACUUACGUUAACGAUUCCCUCUGUUUACUAACCUUACUGCCAAACCCAUUCCCUCCAUGCUAGAUUUAAAUCACUCCUUUAGCUACAAGGAGUUGAAAUUCGUUUUGCACGGAGUUACAGAGCUUGAAAUGUAUAGUUAUUUGUUCUACCUCUAUAGCUAAUUCGCAACAAUCAUCUUCCUCAUUGUGUGGAGAAGAGCAUGUACUUCUGCCGCCACACAAGUGAGGAGAAACCAUCAAAAGAUUCCCACAGCAAACGAAACGUCCAUGAGGCCAGAAUGAUCACGGAAGCUGCAAAAACGUUUUGUCAACAGGGAGUUCGUCCAUCUAGAAUUACAGUACUUUGCGCAUAUCGAGGACAGGCAAGUGAACUUUGGAUGCUUUUAAUCUCUACAACCGAAGUAUGAUUUCAUCCUGAGAACAUGCAUAGUGAUAAAAUUAACAUCCUUUGCAAAGUUCAGGUGGGUCACAGCAGUUUACAGCUCUGUUUUUUUAAUUCACCAUUAUUGCUGCUCUGAGUCUGGUGAUGGUGAAAUACUCCUUUUUAAAUGUCCAAUCUUUGUAAAUCAUAUUAUGAUUGUCCUUGUUACUUAACUCAAGUUGAGCCAUCAUAACAACAUUAUAACCUGUUAAAUACAUUCUUAUUUUUAUCUAUGAAAGUUAGCAACCUAAAAUGAACUUGGAAACCCAGUUACUAUUUUUGAAUGGUGUUCUUUUCAUUAAGAUAAAACUUUUAUGUAAAUUUAGGAGGCUCUAAAUCCCAGUUGUUUAAAAAUGUGCGAAAAGUUUCUUUUGUUUAAUGAUUUUGGAAUUGUUAAAUAAAGAAAAUGGGGGGGGGGUCUACUUAGCUGGUUUUCGAAAUGGCUAACACUACGAGCAUAUGUAAUGUUCAGCAAAGUUUGUUUAAUACCUUCUUUUCAUCACCUCAUGUAGGAUGAUAGCUAUGAUACAUCGAAGACCAAGCAUUGUACACAGUUGCAAGUGCUACCGUUUGACCCUCAGAUACCUGAUCGAAUUGCAAUGUAUUUGUCAGUGUUUGCCUUUUUGGGGGGAAGACGAAGACUGCACCAUCUACCAUAUCACCCUUUAGACACUGACUACAAGCAAAUGGCGACAAGCUAGCACACAUGGUGCAAGGCUGGUGGGGGCGAUUCUGAUUCCCACCUUUGAAGCAUCGCUUUCCCCUAUUGUUGCUGAUGAGCCGUUCAUCGCAACGGUACACAGAACUCACAGAUUCUUUUUCGUUUUCAUGUUUAUUCUCCGUACAAUAAGUCACUAAGAAGACUUCUGAAUUAGAAUAAAUUCUAGAAAACUCUCUCCUGAAAACUCUCAAUUUUUGUCGUGUCCGGUUGUCUGAUUUUGCUCACACGUGUUUUUUACCUUAUUUGGUAGUAUUCGCAAGUGUCACAAACUAAGAGGGUGGGGUCCGUCAAAACUCUUGAAUACUGUCAAGGAGAACAAAUAAUACAUUGUCUUCAGGAGGUUACUUAGGGUACCAGUUGCUCUCUAUGUAUAUCCAAACUGGACUGAUAACUACAGGAUACCACUGGCCAUUUUUUUUUUAUCUUGUUCUAAUUGUUAAGGUGAUAUACUCCUUUUGCAGGUCACUGAAAUAAAAGAUUUCUUCCAAUCCACAAAUGUUGAGAAAAUGGGUGAGAUUGAGGUGACGACGAUAGACGCUUUUCAGGUAUGGAAAGUUCCUCUCAUGUCUUUUAUCAAUGUGAAAUAGAACAAUGGUUAACUUCUUUAAAAACAUUUAUCAUUUUCAGUUGAAAAUCCUUUCCUUAGUGUGGUCCCGAGACAUCUAAACUUUAAACUCCGUGGGUAAUAAAUUGAUAUGACUAAAAUCUUAUGGCAUCAUUGAAGAAAGUGUAACGAGUUAACUAGUGUAAGCAAUUCGGCAAACAAUUAAAGGAUAUAAUGUGAUUCGAAUCCGUCACCCUCGCGAUCCCGGAGAGAUUCUGUACCAAAUGCGGUGCUUUGAAGUGAAAGGAACGGAAAAUUUUAAAAAAGAACUAUCUACGACGUUUGAGAAUGAGGUUCUUAUCAUACCUAAUCAUUUUCUUCUACAGGGGCAGGAAAAUGACAUCAUUCUCGUUUCCCUGGUCCGCAGUAACAAUGAGAACAAGAUUGGUUUUUUGUCACAAAAGAAUCGUAUUUGUGUGGCAAUUUCACGAGCACGUUGUGGCUUGUAUCUCUUUGGUAAUCAAGCUCAAUUGGAGUAUAGGUCACCAGUCUGGAGGGUGUGUUGAGUUAUUCUUAAUCUCGCAACAGAUAGUUGGGUGGUCUGUGACUUACGGUCACUGUUGUGGACUUCUGAUAAACCAAUCAGGUUUUUAGUCCCAUUACCAAGUUCUAGGGCAGGAAAUCUCUUUAUUACUGUUCAUACUCCACCUAAGAAUGUAAUUACCAAGGCAGCAUGAUGUAAUGCACUUUGUUUUUUGUUUUGUUUUUUGUUUAUGUGGCGGUUUUGUUGAGGGUAGUUCGUGAUAGAUGAGCGUUCCACCAAGAUGCUCAGAAAAACUUGGAAUCAGCUAUAUUUGUUAUCCUAUGACAAAUGUGUUUGAGUUUCUUGACCUUUAGCUGGUUAGAAAUGGAUGAUAUUCCUCCUAAAAAAACUUAUUAUUAGUGUUAUGUUUUGGCUUUUGUUUGGUAUGUAAACACAACUUCAGAACAAAGAGAAUGGUUAAACGUUAAACUGAACAAGAAGGAAAAAUGAUGAGGUAUUCCUUUCUUUGCCAGGCUAUCGUCAAGUUCAUGAAAGAGAAGGAUUGUCUCGUUAAAGAAAUUCCAUUUGUAACUGUAAGUAACACGCGAAGUGUUAACUGUAAUAUAAGCACUUGUUAUGCUGUCGUUCAAUUUCUUCCGAAUUUGAGUUAUGAACGUAACACGAGAUACAGUGUUUCCUACGUUUAGUGAGUAACCUCCGCCCCCCGAGUAAGCGCCUCACUCCAAUGAGCACGACAUUUGGGACUAAAUAAUCGCUGCGGCCGUGGCACUGCGCCUAUUCGAGGAAUUGAUUCUCAAGCUCCAAUGCUACAUACACAGUUGGAUAUCCUGAGGCAACUAGAUGCAAAUCCCUUCGAGUGCAAUCAAUCCAAAUUCUGAACUUCACCCUAAAUUCGUAGCCUUGGUUUGUUUUACUUUCAUGCCUGCCCUAAAUAUUUGGGUGAUUUCAGUACGUAGUAAAAACUUUCAAACCAAACUCAAGAAAUCCAAGGAUAUGAUUGAUACAGAGACACAACCUUUCAAAUUUCUUUCGUUUCCACUUUUACAUGUAGGCUUCUGGUAGCCGUUCUGAGGGUGAACCCGAGAACAGUUCUUCUUUAGAUGGAAAAAGACAUGGAGUUAGUAAGUACAGGAUAUUUAUUGUCUUGUUUACGGUUAUCUAUGAAAUUCAUCGUAAUGAGCGUGGAACAAAAAUUAGAACUGUUCUUGUUCUUUGUUUGAAAAGCAACAUCUUCGUAUCCAGAUUUGGAACGUAGUGUACUCUGAUAAUUCUUAUGACGCAUACGUGUGAACUUCAAUAUAAGUCUGGACUGUUUACAGAAAAAAGCGCCGAAUACAUGUGAAAUCUGGUGGCAAUACUGCAUUCUAAAGCGUCUUUUUUAUAUUUUUGUGAUCUUUAGCAAACAUAACGUUGAAUGCGCAGAUCAUCAAUGCAAUUUUUGGAGAAGAAGGGACGUUGCAGUUUACAACUGGUGAGGUUUUUUGAAGGUGUUUUUGUAUUUACCUAUCCUUUUUUACUGCAAUAUUUUGCUGUAGGAGGAAAUUCUUGCCCUACAGCUGAAAGUUAUUGUUUCUUGUGAUUUUUUCUAUUUUCAUUUUUGUUAUUUUACUUUUGAGACCUUCUUCAAGAUCGUGGCUAGUUACCUUUCAUUAUUUAAGUUAAUCAACAGUCUAACAGUCGAAGUGAGCGGCAUCUUAAUUACUAUUGCGGGUGAAGAAAAAACGUCUCCUAAGUAUCCUACGAAGCAGCAACCCUGUGACUACGCCGUGAUAAGGUGGUCAACCCUCUGAGUUAUGAAUAAAGUCGGUUCGUUUAAACCGUAAGAAACUGGCAGUGUUGACUCUCUUGUGUGCCAGAAGGAUAUUGAUGUACUGCGGCUAUAAACCAACUUAAUUCUAGGUUCGCGUGCGAUAUUUGAGUAUCUCGGAUUGCACAAUUUUAGAGCAAUAAGAAUAAGUCACCUUACUAUACUGUACGAUUAAUAGGAAGGUAUGAACUUCAGUUUUAUAGCUGUAAACUAAGAAACGGCAAGAGUCAUCGCAAUUUUUAUUCUCCUAGACAAGUCUACGUCGGGAGAGAUGAUAACUCAUCAUUUUCCAAUACCUGCAUCUGGUGAGAUAAACGUUCAGAGUCUGUCGUCCGCUGGGACGCCCUUACAAGAAACAGAGGAAUCGAAGGUCGAGACUGAAGAGCAGAGCAAAGAUGGAGGCAAAUUCCCUUUUCAGGAGGAAGGUUCUGAGGAAUUUAAAAAGGAAAAGCCAGUGCAAGAGACGCAAGUAUCAAGAGAAGCGCAAAAAGUGAAGGACGAGGACAAAAGAAAAGCGGGCGAAGACGACAGAUUCCAACAAGAAUUUGGUAAAGGAGAGCCACUUCAGGCCGAAAACGACCGUUCCACCGAAGCAAGUGAAAGUUACAAAGAAGAGGCGUCACCCAUACAGGAGACGAUGGAUACGGGUAAAGGGCCUUUUGAAGAGACUGGGGUUGAAGUUGGCGUGAAGAUACAGCAUUCGGACGGGAAGGAAUAGUAACUACUACCUGAUCUUAAACGCUCACUGGCAAAAAAAAAUUAAUAGGAAUAUUUACAGAAUAUAGCGUGUUCAUGGGAAGAUAUGCGUUUAACUUUGUAACUCACCGUUAAUCCUGUGUAAACAACUAAGGCCUCCAGCUGCCUUCGGUGAUGAUAAGUUUUAACUUUUGACAAUUUUUAUCUAUGCGCAACAUUUUGUGCUUAAGGUUUUUAAGGGAUGCGUUACCGAUUUGUAGAUUUUGCUAUAAUCAUGUUAUAAUUAAUCACACCUAGUAACGGAGAGUAAAGUCUGUAACCCUGCCAGAGCUUAUCCUGGUUUCCCUAGCGUGAGGCGAGUAGGAGUAUUACCCCUCCCCCCUAGAUUGGGGUGCUGGUUCUUCAGGGUGGAGAGAGGCACUGUGAUAGUAAAGUAUUUUGAUCAAGUACCGAACAAAACGACCCGGUUAUCUCUCGAACCCAGACUCCAGCGCACCAAUUAUCAGGCCACAACGUGUUCCACUAAGUACCUUGUAGGUGGUUAAUUUUAGCGCUUGCUUAUCAUUACUCUCAGGUACUAGGUACGUUAUCACCGGCUUAUUUCACCGGUCUUGUGAGCCUUAAAGUGCUUUCCAUUCUCAGCCAAGUUUCACGAGAGAAUUUUUAGUUAUUAAGGUUACUGUGCUAAUGCAAAUGAGACAACAUGGAGACUGCGGAACUUUUGCUAAGCUCAGCAAAGGGUAAAUGCAGCCGAUUGUUAUUUGAACAGUUGUUGAUUGACAUUAUCUGUAGUUAGUGUUAAACUGUAGCCGUUACCUGUCCUAGUCUUUCCUUUAGUUGCUGUCUUCUUGUCGUGUUUUGAGAGUGAUUAAUCUUGUGAAAGGCAAAGUUUCUUUCUAGCCAAUCGUUGUUAUUGAAAUGUAUAGGGUGGUUCAAAGCGUGACCUAAUCCUUUAGAUAAUUCAUGGCAUUACCUAAUCCUUUGUAGUUUGGGUUUGGAUAGAACUGUGUUGUAAAACUUUCUUUAGUUUCAACAAGCGUUGUGCUUGGUCACAACAAGUGUAACACUUGGUAACGGCGAGAUCAGUGUUCCGGUGGGGAUUUGGUGUUCCUGGACAUACUAGGACCGCAAAUUAAAGCGCGUUGAAGUC